AUGGCUGAGGAAAAAGAUAGCAAGGCCACGCUAGGAGAAGAGAUUAUCAUUGAUCCCGCUGAGGUAGUUGGGCUUGAUGAUGAGAAGCCCUUGCAAGAUGAUGUGAAGGCUGGCAAGCGGGGCCGGGUGCUGAAAGCCUACAAUGUGCUGGAAGAUCCAGAGGUAAUUGUUGUUCCCGACUUUGUCAAUGAAGCCGAGAUUCAGCAUUUGCUCCAGCUUGCUGAACGAGGCUGGCAGCCCUCCGAGGUGGGCUCCGGGGUGUACAAGUCCAAAGACGAAGCCAAAGAUCUGGCAAACGAAGUUUCAGACAUCCGUACAUCCUACUCCUGCCUCAUCGAGCCGGGGACCAGCAACAUGGUGACAGCAAUCGAGUAUCGGUUGGCCACUCUGGCCGGUAUGGAUGUGAAGCACUUGGAGCCGUUGAACAUGGUCAGGUAUGCGCCUGGACAGUUCUUCAAGGAGCACCAUGACGGGCGUUUCCGUCCAAAGACGGUGUUCCUCUACUUGAAUGACGUACCGCCAGGAGAGGGCGGUGAGACGAUGUUCCCAGAUCUGAAUGUGAAGAUUGUUCCCCGACGCGGCUGUGCUGUGAUGUGGAGCAACAUCAUUGGCCCUCAGCAGGAGGACAACCGAAUGGUGCAUCAAGGCCUUCCGCCCAAGGCCACGAUCAAGUAUGGUGUGAACUGCUUCUUCAACGACAAGCCCAUGCGCCGCUUUGUUGAAGGUGAAGAUACCAAGCCCAAGCCCAGCGAAGCAAAGGUCUCGAUUCUGGAUCCCCUGGACAUCGUACAACGGUGUCCUGUUCCGGCGACAAAGGAUGCAAGGGCGGACCCAGAUGCAGGCCUGCGCCUGCGAAGACUGCGGGUCUCCCAGGACCCCGCGCUGUGGCUGGUGCCCGACGUCAUCAGCUCCAGGGAAGCUGGGCAGCUGAUGGACAUGAUGGACCGCCAGCAGGGCCGCACGCCCGCCGGUGGCUUUCGCGUAGAAGGAGACGAGGAUCUGCAGGAGCUCUUGGCAGACCUGGAAGCGAGACUGGCUGCGGCGGCAGGCCUUGCCGGCCAGGCCUCGGUGAGGGGCCUCGAACUUCGGCGCUUGCCUGCGGAGGCAUCCGGUGGCGCGCGGGUGGUAUCGGCGCCGGAGGAGCAGAAGCCUUUCCGCGCGGUCUACCUUUUCCUUCACGAUUUGCCCGAUGGCGGCCAGCUACUGUUUCCCAAGCUGGGCCGACAGGUCACGGCGAGAGAAGGCUUCGCCGCGGUGUGGGACCCUGAAGACCAGGACCAUUUGGGGCUGCCGCCCAAGACCGGUUCAAGAUAUGGGAUCUCCUGCACAUUUCUGCUCUGA